AUAACAUAUGGGAGGAUCUUGCUGUAAAAAUGAUAAUAUAGAAACUAAUAAAGAAAAUGUAAUUGCCCUUGAUAAACCAAUAUCCUCAUGUGCUGAAAACCUACUUCCUUUAAGUACAUAAAAUCAAUCAAAUCCUAUAAUGAGAACCCAACUAUUAUAACCAACAAUCCCAAUUCGAGAUCCUUAAGUUCAAAUACCAAUUAUACAUAAUGGUUUAGUCAGAGAAAUGCUUAUUAAACUAGGAGAAUAUCAAAUUCCUUAAUCUAUUACAAAUGAGGGUUUAGAUGUUACACCUCCUAUAUAAUUACCUGAUGAUUCAAUCUAUGUUGGAGGCUUAAAAAAUAAUUAAUUUCAAGGUUAUGGUGAAAACUAUUGGGAUGAUGGUACUCAUUAUUGUGGACAAUUUAAUAAAGGAACCAGAUCUGGACAUGGUAGAUCAAUAUAUUCUGAUGGAGAUGCAUAUGUAUAUAACUAAAUUUAAUAAGGAAGGUGAGUGGUUGGAUGAUUAAUAGCAUGGAAAAGGAAAAUAUUGGUAUUCAAAUGGAGGAAUUUAUGAUGGAAGAUUCUUGUAUGAUUUGAAAGUAAGUUUUAUUUAUUUAUUACUUUUAGCAUGGAUUUGGUAAAGAAAUCUUAGCUAACGGAGAAACUUAUGAAGGAAAUUUCAAUAAUGGAACUAGACAUGGGUAAGGAAAAUUAACUAUGACUGAUGCUGUCUUUGAAGGUUAAUUUAAUAAUGGAUAAAUGAUUGAAGGAGAAUAUAGAUGGAAUGAUGGAAGAAAAUAUAAAGGUUAAAUUCAAGGAACUAAAAUGCAUGGUUAUGGAGAAUUUUGGUUUCCUGAUGGUAGAUAUUACAAAGGUAUAUAGAUUCUUAUUAAUUAUAAUAGGAAAUUGGGAUGAAGAUUAAAAGUAAGGAUAAGGAGAAUUUCACUACUCUGAUGGUUCUAUUUAUGUAGGAGAAUGGAAAAAUAAUAAAUAGAAUGGAUAAGGAAAGUUUAUUGAUUAAAAUGGAUAAAUAAUAAAUGGUUUUUGGAUUGAUGGUAUUAAGUCUAAUUGA